UUGCAUUGACACAGUUUACUUCUUACUUGCGCCUAAUGACAAUGUGGCAUCCACAGUGAUAAAUCGCGUAAGCCCAUAAAUCGCAGAAGUAACAGAAAUCGCAGGUGUAGCAGAAAUAGCGGAGGGAUACAAGUUGUGAAUUCGUUAACUGCGACUCUUCACUGCGACAAAUCGCAGUUCAGAAUGACAAUUACUGAAAAGCAGCAGUUACAGAAGUCACUGAUAUCGGGGAAUCGCAGUUUAGCCCAUCCUUCUCAUUCCCAGAGAGGUUUCUACCGUAUGGCGAAGUAGCGUGUGUAUGACAAUGUCAUAUGACUACAGCACUCCACGUACUUAAUUGUAUGUGUCGUGAUCACGAGUAGGUUGUGGGCAAAGGAACUGUGUUUGACUGUUAAGUCGCUUUUGCGAGCGUCGUGGGUUAAUGUUUAGCAAAAUAAAUUCUGCUGGAAAAUACCACGUUAGUGCUUAAAGUCACUUACACUAUAUGCGCUUAAAUAAGCAGUAAUGGGCGGAAAAUUCUUUUAUUUUGCAUACGGAAGUAAUUUGCUAGCAAAAAGGAUUCACAUAAACAAUCCAUCAGCAAUAAGGAUAUCAGCAGCAAAGCUUAAGGAUUUCCGACUGGAUUUCGGAACGUGGGCCGAGAGAUGGAGAGGUGCAGUAGCAACGCUAGUGCCAGAACAGGGCAAACACGUAUGGGGAGCGGUGUGGGAAAUUGAUAAAUCAAAUUUGGCGGAUUUAGACAGGCAAGAAGGUGUAAACGAUGGAUUUUAUUUUCCCAUGCAAGUUGAUGUGGAGAAGCCCUCAGGAGAAUUUGUAAAUUGUCGCUCAUAUCAGCUUUGUGAUACGCCAACAAAGAUAUCUGAAGGAGAUAUCAUUCCUGAAAACAGGCUGCCAUCUGCACUUUAUUUGGAUGUUGUCAUACAAGGAGCAAUUGAAAGUGGAUUACCAGAUGAUUACAUAAAUCAGUUGAAAAAAAUACAGCAUAAUGGUUAUGAAGGUGUUGGUAAUAAAUUACAGUUCUUGAUUUCAAGUCAGUAGUUAUCAGCAAAGGGAUAUAAGUUAAACAUAAGAUAUGAAAGCAGGGAAAAAUUGAAAUUACUUUUUCAGCAGUAUUUGUUAGUGUAAGGUGAGUAGUUAAUAUAGCUGAGAAAUUGGAGAACAUUAAGGAAUGUACGGAGAGGGAAAUUAAAAAUAAAAAAAAAAAAAAAAAAAAAUAUGUUCACAUGGCUGAAUACUAUGUGGUGGAACUGAUAAUGCUGUGUCAUCAGUCUUUUUUUUUUUUUUUUUUUUUUUUAAUUUGAUUUACGAAGUCAGGCAGUGACAGUCACUAGUCUGAAGGGACAUACAAUAAAUAUUAGUACAAGCAUUUUCUUGCAGAAAACAAAUGUGUACUGCUGAUUCAUAAAAUAUGCCUUUCUCUGGAAAUGUGUGUUCUUGCAACACGAAAUCUUAACCGUAGGAUUCAGAAAAAUUAAAGUCUUUUUGUCAAGGAA